AUGCCGCAAGGCGAUGGACAAGAAGGACAAAGGGUGCUAUUCUUCUUCCUAAUCCUCUUCUUCAUAUACGCCCAGCCUGCCGCGCCGCCACCUCCAGUCCACGGCGAGACCAAGAAAUACUGGGAUGACGAGCGGCAGCGGGAUUUCGAUGUGCUUGCGAAUACGACUUAUGGAGAUUUUCGACCUGGACACUUUCUCAAUUUGACGGCGUUCCGCGAGGAUGAUGCGCAUCAGUGGGAGGUGCUCCCGAAAGUGCAGGACUUGAGUCGGAAGCAAGUUGAGGAGAGUUGGCGGGGAUUGGAGGAUGUGGGCUCUUACAAGGACAUCUCGGGCGAUGUGCGCGGCAACUUCAAGCGAUCGACCCUGUCGGUGACAUCGUCCCCGCUGCUGAACCUGACGGCGUUGGAUCCAAGGAAGGAGUACAUCAUCGACCACUUCCAACGGAACAUCACAGAGCCCUCGGGCGAAAUCACCCUAUCAUUCACCGACGACGAAGCACCCAAGUCAUCAUGGGACGCCCGUCCCCUAUCCGCCGAGAUCAGCAUCUGGUCAGAUUCCGCCCCCGGCACCGGCUGGCAGACUAUGCUCCACGGAGUCCACUUCCCAACCGGCGCCGCCAUCCUCACCACAUCGAGCACAAAAUUCGACGCGCUCCCAGCCCUGCCGCACUUCGCGCUAGAUGUCUUCUCCUUCAUCGCCGCGGUUCCGGUCAUGAACGACACCGUCACUGAAGCGUGGAAGCGCCAUCGCAGGCGACCGGAGACGUACGAUGUCGGUGUCCCGCGCUGCGAGAUGAUUGUAUGGCUGCAGCCCAAGCCUCUGGAGGGAAGCAGCACGUAUCUCGAGAUGAUCGAGGACGAGCUUGCGCAUCCGCAGGGCGCGCCGAUCGGGACGCCACCGGCGCUGUCGUUCUCGAUGGUGUUGUUCUCGCCCGAUUGCGGGUAUGUGCUAGAGGCGGACACGCUGACUGGUGCGAAGACGGAAGUCUUCACCCAGCUUACGAACCGCUUGCUGUCCGCGUUCGCGAUACUGUUAGCGGUGCAGAUUACGCUGAUCAAGCGGCAGAUGAAGAAGGCCUCUACGCCGUCUACACGAAGCAGGAUCGCCUACCAGAGCAUCGCUAUCGCGGCAUUGGGUGAUGGACUGAUCAUGUUGGGCAUGGUAUUGCUGCUGUCGCUGAACGAGACCAGUUUCAUGCUGAUCGCGACUGUUAUUUUCUUGGCGAUUAUCCACAUGGCGGUGCUGGAGGUGAAAUUUGUGUAUGAUCUGUGGACCGUGCAAGUGGGCGAGCCGCAGCAUGCGGAGGCCGAAAGGGAGAGGAGGGAGGCGGUGCAGAGAAGGCAGGCUGCUUUGCAGGCUCAGCAGCAACAGCAGUCGACACAGGCGCAGGCUCCGGAAGCGUCGAAGCUCCAGAUCCUCCUUCGACAGACAUGCCAGGUGCGCCACCAGGCCCUCCAGGAGCCUUUCCCCAAGACAACGACACACGACUACCAGCUCCACCACCACUACCAACAGUAUCAGCAGCCAUCACGCCUGCUCCGGCACCAGCGCCUGUUCCAAUUGACACUGGAGCUACACCGAUACCUCCCCGUUCUACCCACCACCAACCCCGCCAUAAACACCAUAAUCGAACGCCACCGCCUAGCUCUCCUCCAAGUUCCCACCCCUCCUCCAAGGGUCACCUUCGCCACAAUCUACGCCCGCUUCUACUUCCUCCUCCUCCUCACCCUCCUCUUCUCCCUCAUCGCGACUAGUUUCCCCCGACCCCUCCGCAGCGCGUACACCAACUUCCUCGCGUUUGCGUAUUUCAGCCUGUGGAUCCCGCAGAUCUACCGUAACGUCCAGCGGAACUGCCGCAAAGCCCUAUCCUGGGAGUACGUCCUAGGCGCGUCAGCAUGCAGACUGGUAGGCGUGCUGUACUGGUGGGUCAGCGGGGAGAACCGCAACCUGCUGGGCGUGAAGAAGGGUACGACCGGCGCAGUCGUGCUGGGGGCCUGGAUGGCGGUGCAGGUUUUGCUGUUGCUGGGGCAGGGCGUGUUUGGGGGAAGGUGUGUUGCGCCGAAGUGGCUGUUUCGGGAAGCGACCCCCAACGAAGUCGCAGACAAGACACCGAAGAACAAAUUGGGGUGGUUUGUGCUGCCUAGAGCGUGGGAAUAUCAUCCUGUUCUUAUCGAGAGCCCACCAGACGCCGAACAACAAGACCUUGAAAGUGCGGGUGGCGAGGAAUCGGCCCUGCUUGGUGGCGGGAAGAGUAGGAUGUUGAACAACAGCGAGAUGAGCGUGCAUUUGCUUGCGAGCGCGGGCGAGGCUAAAUUGGACGAUGCUGGGCCAUCGGACGUCACGAACACCGGCGAUGCGAGCAGGAAGAGUAAGAGGACGUUCGACUGCGCGAUCUGCAUGAACGAGAUCUCCAUCCCGACUGUGGUCCGAGACUCUUCUACUACCUUAUCCUCGCAUACGCAGGAUACGGAAAGUGGUCCGACAAAGGGCAACAACAAGGCGGCACCCGCGACCGCAACAAGUCGGUUCGGUCUGCCAAACCUGACCAUGGGUCUGUCGCUCGAACGAUCAGCCUACAUGGUGACGCCUUGCCGACACGUCUUCCACACGGCCUGCCUGGAGGGGUGGAUGGACAUGCGGCUGGUGUGUCCGGUUUGUCGAGAGAGCUUACCUAGCCUUUGA